CAUCCAGAGGAUAGAUAAGCACGAUCUUACACAUGAAGCUUGGAUACAGUGAAACUACCUCGACGUAUCGUUGCUGCACAGCUUGCUUUCCGGUAUUCACCUCGUGUUUCAAACUACAAUGGCCCCUCCCUACGUUGUCGAAAUCGCUCAGAUCACGGUAACCGAUGCCUACAAAGCUGAUCCCAAUAUCGUGCAAGAGGCCGUAGAAUUCUUGAAGAAUGCGAAUGAAUCUUCUAUGGCUUGGGCGUUCAAGAUCCGACCAUCUGGUGGUUGCUUAUCGAAUGGGAAACGCUUAAGCACCAUCAAGAUCUCAAACGACAAAGAGCUAUACCCGAUUCUGAGACAGAGGAUCCGCAAGUUCAGUUCCGGGGUCAAGCUCUUCCAUGUUGACUUCAUCGAGAGCCCUCAUAUCGCUUUUGAAGCUCCAUAUGCUGAACUUGCAUUGUGGACCCUGAAGAGCGGUCAUACGACGAAAGAAAAGAAGGAGCAUGCGUUGGAACUGUUGAAGGGCGUCGUCACGACUCUCAAUGGUCUUCCUUCAGAUUCGGGUGUUUUCAAAGGCACUGUUGGACCUAUCGUCGAAGAGGCGGAGAAUGGCGUUGCAUUGACGCUUGGAUGGACGAGUCCUGAUGCUACAAAGAAAGCUCUCGAAACUCUUCCUGAAGCCCAAGUCAUCAUCGACGAAUUGAAAGAGAUAGCGGACCUGCGCUUGGUUCAUGUUCCACUGACGUCGGCCAAAUAGAAACCGGAAAUACGCAAAACUGGAGUCGAACGAAAUGAUAAUCAUCAAGAUCCAACUGUACAAUAGUUACGUAUACCACAUCUAGCGUGUAUUAAACUUGCAUCAGGCUACGGCUCAAUGACCUUCUUAAAGUUUCGAGAGGGGGGUAUGAACGCGCAUUAGUGCUGAUGAUUACCUAGCGUGUAGGGUCAUUUCAUUCCAAAUGAUGUGACAAUUCCUUGUAUUGAACUCUAGCUCUGCGAAUCAUACAACUACUUAGAUUCACAAUAUGCCAUUGACUACGAUGUCCCCUCCACGUAGCUUUGUGUAAGGCUCGGGAUGAAAAGGAGGAAUGAACAUCAUGAUCUGUCGAUCGCUGGUUACGUGCAACAC